GCCCUGUCCCCAGGCCUGGCAGACACUUCCAUUCAGACUUAAGCCAGCCUCCCUGGAAAGACCGAGGUUCUGGGAGGAGUGCGGUGGUGGAGUUUGUGGCUGUCCCUGGGACGCUAAUUCUGAGCGUGCUUGCGUGCGACGGAGCGUUUGGCAGGGCUGGGGCCGCGGCCCGGUGGCUGUGGACGUACACCUGCAGAGGUGUGUGUGGGCGUGAGCGUGAGUGUGCGGGCUCGCGCGUGUCUGCCGGCGUGGCUGUGGGCAGGCUGACGGCACAGCAGGGAGAGGGGGCGGCUGCUUCCGCGGAGGACGGCAGGGAGGGUCUCCGCCUGGAGCCUCCCUCCCCGCCCUGGAUCCCAGCCCCGGGCUCCUCCUGCAGAGAGGGAAGCGGGGAGCUCCGCUCUCCCACCCCUGAGCUGCUCCUGGGGGAGGACAGGGACCUCACUUCCGGUCAGAAGCCGCUGGAAGGUGCCUGCCCCUCCCCGGCCCAGGGCUGACUCGACCUCUCUUUUCUGCAGAUUUUCCGCCGUGCGGACAAAAAUGAUGAUGGGAAGCUGUCCUUGGAGGAAUUCCAGCUCUUCUUUGCAGAUGGCGUCCUCAACGAGAAAGAACUCGAGGAUCUCUUUCACACGAUUGAUUCUGACAACACCAAAUUACUUCGUGGACCACAUGGGGGACUAUGAGGACGUCUUGGCCUCCCUGGAGACCCUCAAUCACUCUGUCCUGAAGGCCAUGGGCUACACCAAGAAGGUGUACGAGGGCGGGAGCAACGUGGACCAGUUUGUGACCCGGUUCCUCCUGAAGGAGACGGCCAACCAGAUCCAGUCGCUGCUGAGCUCCGUGGAGAGCGCGGUGGAGGCCAUCGCGGAGCAGACCAACCAGAUCCGGCAGAACCACAGCAAACCCGGCCACGGCGCUGCAGAGACCUGGUAUGGAAGCCCCACUCCCCCCUACGCUGCCAACCACAAGCUCAUGGCCACGGAACAAGGGAAGAGCCUUCCGUCUGUCACAGAGGACUCAAAGGAGGAGGGCCUGGAAGCCCAGAUCAGCCGGCUGGCAGAGCUGAUUGGCAGGCUGGAGAACAAGGCACUCUGGUUUGACCUGCAGCAGCGCCUCUCGGAUGACGACGGCACCAACAUGCACCUGCAGCUGGUCCGGCAGGAGAUGGCCGUGUGCCCCGAGCAGCUGGGCGAGUUCCUGGACUCCUUGCGCCAGUACCUGCGGGGCACGGCGGGAGCAAGGACCUGCUUCCACAUUGCUGCCGUGAGGCUGUCGGACGGCUUAACCUUCGUCAUCUACGAGUUCUGGGAGACAGAGGAGGAGUGGAAGAGGCACCUGCAGAGCCCCGUGUGCAAGGCGUUCCGGCACGUCAAGGUGGACACGCUGAGCCAGCCCGAGGCCCUCUCCCGGAUCUCGGUGCCAGCCGUGUGGUGCACAGUGGGCCGAGACUGACCACCUCCCCGAGGCCUGCGGCUGGGUCCGCCCCUCCUCUUAUCAAGGACCUCCCUUUUCUAGAAACUGUGGUACACGAGCUGUGGUCUCUCUCUUGUCAACACGAAUGUCUUUCCCUGCUGUUUGAAGGAGGAAGCCCUCUCCCCCCAGCGAGUGGCCACGCACACCCGGCCACCUCUGUCCUCCCUUCGUUGACAUUUCUCUACCUGGUAGGAGCCGUGACCCCGUAGCGCCCAACCGAGGCCCAUCCCACGUGUGGCAGUAGAGCCCACGUGACCAGCACCACCGUAGGCAGCUGGCCUCCGCUGGGCACAGGCACCAAAUAAACUCUGGUUGGGAACA